AUUCUCAUAAUUUGCGUGAGCUGCGAGAAAUUCGAAACAACCGAAACCUCUCUUUCUCUUACGCCGCCUCUCGUCUUCUAUUUUUCCAUAUCUACCGAAGGUUUUUCUUCGUUCGAUUUUUUUCUUGAAUUCUUUAUAUUUUGGAUCUGAUUGGAGGUUGGUAAACGAUUCUUUUGUUACCGGCGUUGAUUGAAGAAUUCCAAGUUUUGUAUCGUGUGUCUGAAUGAUAUAAUCUAAUGGAGUCUAAAGGCGGGAACAAGAAGUCUAGUAGUAGUAAAUCCUUAUUCUACGAAGCUCCCCUCGGUUACAGCAUUGAAGACGUUCGACCAAACGGUGGCAUCAAGAAGUUCCGAUCUGCUGCAUACUCCAACUGCGCUCGCAAGCCAUCCAUCGCAAUGGCAGUAUCUGCAAUUGGAUUUGAGGGUUAUGAAAAGAGGCUCGAAAUUUCAUUUUUUGAGCCUGGCAUCUUUGUUGAUCCUGAAGGAAAGGGUCUGCGAUCACUGUCGAAAGCCCAGUUGGAUGAGAUUCUAGGUCCAGCUGAGUGCACCAUUGUUUCCUCACUGUCAAACAAGCAGGUGGACUCUUAUGUCCUUUCCGAGUCUAGCCUCUUUGUCUAUCCUUACAAGAUCAUCAUUAAAACCUGUGGGACAACAAAAUUGCUUCUUGCAAUCCCACCCAUCUUAAAGUUGGCUGGCGGUCUUUCUCUUGCCAUAAAAUCUGUUAGGUAUACUCGUGGGAGCUUUAUCUUCCCCGGUGCUCAGCCAUAUCCUCACCGCAACUUCUCUGAAGAAGUUGCUAUCCUUGAUAGCUAUUUUGGGAAGCUAGGCGGAGGCAGCAAGGCUUAUGUGAUGGGUGGCCUGGAUAAACAGAAAUGGCAUGUGUACUCUGCUUCUGCAGAAGCAGUCAUCUCCAGUGGCCCUAUUUACACUGUAGAGAUGUGCUUGACUGGUUUGGACAGGGAAAUGGCUUCAGUAUUCUACAAAGACCAAUCAGGCUCGGCUGCUGUUAUGACCAUUAACUCUGGCAUAAGGAAGAUUCUACCAGAUUCUGAGAUAUGUGAUUUUGAAUUUGAUCCCUGUGGUUAUUCAAUGAAUGCAAUUGAAGGGGCUGCAAUUUCUACUAUUCAUGUUACACCAGAAGAUGGGUUUAGUUAUGCAAGCUUUGAAGCUGUGGGCUAUGAUCCGAAAGAUUUGAAUCUGAAGCAGUUGGUGGAAAGGGUGUUGGUUUGCUUCAAACCAAGUGACUUCUCUGUUGCAGUGCAUGUUGAUGUUGCGGGUCAGUCACUUGAACAGAACUGUUUGCUGGAUGUGAAAGGAUACUGUUGCGGAGAGAGAGGCAUUGAAGAGCUUGGAAUCGGUGGUUCCGUCAUCUACCAGAAAUUUAACAGUACUGGGGGCUGUGGAUCUCCUAGAUCAACUCUGAAAUGCUGCUGGAAAGAGGAAGAAGAGGAAGAGGAGUAGUUUGAACGGUGUUAUUUCCUUUUAUAGUUUCUGUUGGUUCAUUUAAAUAAAAAUAAAUUGCUCCGCAGGCAUUGCCUAAUGAGAGCAUGCGGUAUUAUUAGUACUUUGUCCUUCAAUUCGUGUCAACGUUACCCAAAAACUUGAACAUGUACUGUCAUCCAUUUGGCAGAGUUUGGGUUUUAAGUUUGUAUUGAACUUGGUUUAUAUUAUUUCUAUGAGAGAUUUACAUGAAUAUUUGGUUGUGAAA